AUGUCUGCAGAGUCACGGCCGAUUGAUCCCAGGGCGUUUGCAGCAGCGCUCAAAGACCUGCCGCUCUCGUCGAUCUACGCGAAGAUUGCAGAGCUCGAGAACUCGACGGCGCAUCUUGAGCGCUCCAACGGCGAGCUGAGGACAUUCAUAGAGCAGUCAAACGGCGGAGACAAGGACUGCGAGGACGCUAUAACAGAGAACGAGGAGGUGAUCAGACGGAUGCGCGAGCGAGCUAGUCUCGUCAAGCUUGAGCUGGAGAGACGCGGCGAGAGGUGGCCAGAGGAGCAGCAAGCCGAUGCCGACGGACCUGAGGACGGACAAGGAGCAACUGGAGCAGUCGGAUCAUCGCCUAGUAAUGAGCAGCAGAAUGGUGGCCUGUCAGCGAGCCCACAGCCUAGCAGAGAGCAGUCGAACUCGAACGGCGUGGAAGACGCCUCUGAAGGCGUCCAUCUCUAA